AUGGAGGCUAGUUUAAAGCGACGGACUCGAGGCUAUCGGUGGUUGCUUCGUGGAAUUGUUAAGCCUGAUGGUCUGUCGGAAAUCACAAAAUUCCAUCCAAAGCACACUUGUGAUAUGGGACAAAGUCGAGUGGAUCAUUUUAAUUUAGAUAUAAACCUGAUUGCUCAUGUGUUACUUAAAGACAUUGAGGAAACUCCAAGGAUGCCCAUCAAAACUUGUAUUAGCAUGGUCCACUCCAAAUAUGGUAAAAUUAUAAGCAAGAGAAAGGGAUUUCUCAGGCGUAGACGUGCUUUUGAGAUGAUCUUUGGAGCUUGGGAAUCCUCUUUUCGGGUGUUGUCGGGAUAUAUGGCGGCUCUACAAUAUGAUAAUCCUGGCACUGUUGUACAGUGGCGGCUUUUUGAGGGCAGAAUUUUCGACUUCGUCUUUUGGGCAUUCAAACCAAGUAUUGAUGGUUUUGCUCACUACCGGAAUGUGAUAUCGAUAGAUAGGACGCAUGUAUAUAACCGAUAUGACAUUAAGCUCCUAAUUGUAGUAGGUAUGGAUGCCAAUGGGUCAAUAUUCCCUCUUACUUUCGCAAUUGGCGCCAACGAGAGCAAUGAGACAUGGGAGAUGUUCUUGACUCAUCUGAAAACUCAUGUUAUUAAGGGUAGUCAGGGCAUAUGUGUCCUAUCGGAUCGUCAUAAAGGCAUAUUGCACAAUAUGCGUACUCUGGAAGGGUGGCAGCCUCCACAUGCUUACCAUCGAUAUUGUUUAAAGCACUUAAAAGCUAAUUUUCAAACAAAGUUUGGAAAUGGCACUGUAAACAAAUUGAUGUGGGGGGCUGCGAUGCAGCAUCAACGAAGAAAAUGGGCUGCAAAAAUGGACUGCUAA